UAUAUAUAUAUAUAUAUAUAUAUAUAUAUAUAUAUAUAUCACUAGUAUUUAUCACAAUAGUAUAUCUCGAAACUGAGACUACAAAGAUUGAUUUUUCUAUGUGGUUUACAAUUUUUUUUAUAUUCUUCUGGUCAUCAGUUUGUACAGAACAUAUUCCUCUCAGUAAAAUUCAUCUGAAUCAACAUGGAAUGUUCACAGAUCAUCGUGGAUUCAUUAGAUUAUUUAGAGGGUUUAACAACGUGAGAAAAUCUUUUCCAUGGUAUGAACAAAAUGCCUUCAAUAUCACACAAAUACAAAUGUUCCAGAAUUGGGGUUUGAAUGUUGUUCGAUUAGGUAUUAUGUGGAGUGGAGUAAUGCCAAAUAUAUCAAUAGUGAACACUACAUAUUUAAAUCAAAUUGAAAAGCUGAUUGAUUUAUAUGCUGAUCAUGGAAUUUAUGUGAUAUUAGAUAUGCAUCAAGAUGGAUUAUCGAGGCGAUAUGGUACUUAUGAUGGUAUACCACUUUGGUUAAUUGAUCAAUUUAAAAGACCAUCAUACUUUUUACAAGAGCCUUGGCCGUAUAAAGAGUUGCCGAAAUGGGAUGGGGCAUAUUAUUUGACUUAUGAGUGUACUAAUGCAGCUCAACAGUUAUAUGAGAAUGUAUCAGGUGCUUGGAAUCACUGGGGUGAUUUUUGGGAAAUCGUAGCUAAACAAUUUGGUAGAAAGUCAAAUGUACUUGGUUAUGAUUUGAUUAAUGAACCUCCACCUGGAAACUUUUAUUCUAAUCCAUUACGUGGGUUUUCAGGUUAUGCUGGUCGAUAUAAUCUACUACCAGUUUACGAUUAUCUUGUUGAGAGAAUACGUAAAUAUGACAAUUCAACAUUAAUAUUCUAUGAACCAGUUACAUAUGGGAUAUUUACUCCUCUAAGCCCCUCAGGAUGGUUAGGGACUGGAUUUCGACGUGUUCCUGGAGCUAAUCAUGAUAAAUCAGCACCGAAUAAAAGUGUUUUGUCAUAUCAUUAUUAUUGUUGGAUCUUGCAGAGUGAUUAUCCGAACACCACAAUGCCUUUUUGGAAGAAAGUUAUAUGUGACUCGUUCCUCUUACCAACUGUGAUAUCCAAUGCAAUUAAAGCAACAAAAACAACUGGAGGUGGUAGAUUUUUAACUGAAUUCGGUUUGUGUGGAGAUGAUGGAAACCCACGUAGUGUAAACACAUUGGAAUGUAAUGCAGUAUUGGAUGAAGCUGAUAAACACUUUGAAUCAUGGACAUAUUGGGAUGGAAACUUUUUGGAUGAAGUAGGAAAUCCUAUUAAAAGUGAGGUGAAAUCUUUCAUUCGUUCUUAUCCUCAAUCAACAAAUGGGAUAUUUCGUAAACAACAAUUCAAUUAUAAAACCGGAAAUUUUAGUUUCUCCUUCAUUACAAACCAGUCGAGUAAUCAGUAUAGUAAGAAACAGAUUUUAAUUGCAGAAAUUUACAUACCAUUAUCUGUACAUUAUCCAAAUGGAUUUUCAAUGAACAUAAAACCAAACAAUUUAAUUACUGAAAUGAAGGGAAAUAUACUGUCUUUAUACUUGCCAACUGAUGUAGGGAAUAAACAUGUACUUGUUGACAUCGAGAUUGUUAGAAAAUAACACAAGUUGGACAUGAUUUGACAAACUAUCAUUGUCAUUAUUCAAACGAUUAUUCAUUAACAUUUGAAUGAACAGUUGAAAUAUAAUUUUAUACAAAUACCAUUGUUGUUAGUUGCUGAUAUUUAUGACAAUAUAAUUAGAUUAAACAAUUCUCUUGAUGACUUUUAUACUUCCUAUUCUUUUUAGUCUAUCAUUCGUUAGGAUCUAUUCAGAUGAAACAACAAAAUCAUUUCCACAUCGUGGAAAUUCUUCAUUUCAUAAUAAAUCAGUCAGUCAGUCAGCUACAACGUAGGAUCAAGCAUAUAUAUGCACUGGUCCAAGUUGCCAUACCUUAUUAGCACAACAAGAUGAACACCAAAUUCACAGAAGUAGUUGCUUUAAUGGUGGUAAUAUAUAAAAGGAAGAUUGCAUUUAAGUGUACACCUAUGCCAUUGUGAGUCUCCAAACCCUGGUUACGAUAGUUACGCGGACCGCAACCAAGUAGUCUGCAUCUACUAACACGGCUCAUAAUACAUACUCUUACUCUCCACACGUGCUCGUACAGCCAUUACUGAUCAGUGUACGUGACCAAGUAGGAUGAGCGAUGAACCUGAACUCUCUCUCUUCGAUAUAAGAUGUCAACUGAGCUACAUAUGCAUCAGCCUCCGUAGGAGCAGAUGAAUUUCUAAGUGUCCAUGCAAGAUGAGAGUGAUUUUUCUUUGGAUUGUUGACUAAUAUGGGUCAACUGGACGACAACCACAAUUUUAGUUCAACGAAUGGCUUAUAAAUUGCAAAAUAUGUGUACAAGUGCGGCUGAAUAAAAGAGUGAGCAUAGGAUAGGUAACUGAUUGUUUUUGCAGAUUGAGCUUCUUAUUGUUGUCAACAAAUCUCGCUGAUUAUGCAUAUUCUAUAAGAAUGUUUUUCUAAAGAACUUACUCUCCGUUUAUGAAAUCAAGA